GUCAAUUACCAGAAGUCGGCUAGCUUGACAGUAUUAGCUGCCCUGAAUGUCUGAACAAUGUAGACCCAGGAAGCCUUCUUGGGAGCAAAGUGUUUGUAUCUAUCAUGUAACCUUUAUGGACAUUUAUUUACCAGUUCGCUUCGUGUCCACCGGAGGCCCGCGGGCUGGAAGAAAUGUGGACGCCGACGAGAGAGGAGGACAGUCAGUGUGGCCAGUGUCAACAUUACCGGGAAUGAAACGCUCGUGUUUUUAUUGAAUCCCAUUCUCACGUUCAGAACCCGGGCAUCACCGUUAAACUUUUUCUUUUUUUCUUUUCUUUUUCUUUUUUUUUUUCAAAAUGAGGAUCUUCACGUGUCUGCUGAAAAACGCCAACCCCAAAAUCGAGUAUUACUCCAGGUUUUCGCCUUCCCCGCUCUCCAUCAAGCAGUUUUUGGAUUUUGGCCGGGAGAAUGCGUGCGAGAAAACAUCCUACAUGUUCCUGCGUAAGGAGCUCCCUGUGCGGCUGGCCAACACCAUGAGGGAGGUCAACCUCCUCCCUGAUAACCUGCUGAGCCAGCCUUCCGUCAGACUGGUGCAGAAAUGGUACAUGCAGAGCUUCGUGGAGCUGCUGGAUUAUGAGAACAGAAAGCCAGAGGAUGCUCACACUCUGAAUGAUUUCCUGGAGCUCUUGAUCGAGAUCCGCAACCGUCACAACGACGUGGUUCCCACCAUGGCCCAGGGAGUCAUCGAGUACAAGGAGAAGUUUGGCUUCGACCCCUUUAUCAGCAGCAACAUCCAGUAUUUCCUCGAUCGCUUCUACACCAACCGCAUUUCUUUCCGCAUGCUCAUCAACCAGCACACUCUCCUGUUCGGCAACGACACCAACCCUGCCCAUCCGAAACACAUAGGCAGCAUUGAUCCCACCUGCAGCGUGGCCGAGGUCGUCAGUGAUGCCUAUGACACCGCCAAGAUGCUGUGCGAGAAGUACUACUUGGCUGCUCCUGAGCUGAAAAUUGAAGAGUUCAACAUGAAGGCCCCUAAAAAGCCCAUCCAGGCGGUGUACGUGCCCUCUCAUCUGUUCCACAUGCUGUUUGAGCUCUUUAAGAACUCGAUGAGAGCCACAGUGGAGCUUCACGAGAACAGUGCAGAGGAGUUGCCACCAGUAAAGGCAAAAGUCACCCUGGGUAAAGAGGAUCUCUCCAUAAAGAUCAGUGACAGAGGAGGAGGAGUUCCUCUGAGGAAGAUAGACCGUCUGUUUAACUACAUGUACUCCACUGCCCCGACACCAAGCCUGGAGCCAGGAGCUGUCCCGCUGGCCGGUUUUGGCUACGGUUUGCCGAUUUCUAGGCUCUAUGCCCGAUACUUCCAGGGGGAUCUGAAACUCUACUCCAUGGAGGGCGUGGGCACAGAUGCAGUAAUAUAUCUGAAGGCCCUGUCCAGUGAGUCCUUUGAGCGCCUGCCUGUCUUCAACAAGUCAGCAUGGCGUCAUUACAAGACCAGCCCCGAGGCAGACGACUGGAGCAACCCCAGCAAAGAGCCACGCGAUGCCAGCAAGUCCAAAUACAAAGCCAACAGAUAACUCUGCCUGACCAUGCUAGCCCGGCCCACUGCUGGAAGCACUCUGCCCUCGAGCUUGUACGAUGAAAUGUUGCCCUUGGGUUUAGGAUCAGACUUGCUUUUACAUUCCAGUGGUUAAAGCUUUUGGAAAAGACAUGACCUUGAAUUAUGUCUGUACCCAAUGGCAAUGACAUUCAUCAGCAUAGCUUUCAUUGUUGUGGCAUUAACAGUGGCUCUCCCAAGACGGAGUUUCAAAUGAACCUCUUCCAAAUUAUAGUCAUUUAGUGAAUUGAAUCUUUACCCACGUUGACUUAAUUUCCUCUUCCACAUCUGGCCAUGAUUUUAAGACAAAUUCACUGCAUCAUGUUAACUCUCCCUCUGUCUCAUGCAUUGCUCUGCCUGACUGGGCCACAGCUCUCCCUGCACUGAACUGCUGAGUGUCUUUCUCACAGUCACUGAAGGCUUGUCUUCUGUUUUCAGCCUCUAAAACACAAGCAGAGUCGGGGUGGGGGGGUUGAGUUUCAGUGCAAUUGGGAAGAAGAGGAGGUUUCAUUUCCUUCCUCUGGGAGACACUUUUGACUGAACGCACAAUUAGGCCAGUGUGUCACUGGCAUAGUAAAGACUUGUUUUGGACUCUGUUCUGGGAACAUGGAAGAGAGGCUAGCGCCUAGAUGAGACAAAAUGAUAACCCCUUUGUAAAAAAAUCAUAGGAAGAGUACACCUUGUUUUUAAAGAUCUAGAAGUCAGGAUUUUUAUUUUAUCUCAGAGAGCGAGAAAGCCUUACUUCUGGAGAUGUAUAGCAUAUUUUAUGUUUUAAGAAAUCUGCCUUGAAGGCUCUACUGGAACUCAAAGUUCAUUUACAAUGGGUUAGAAAUGAUCAUGUUUUUUCAGAGUAUUUUGUUUAUACUGACUGAUCGUCGACCUACUGGCAAUACUGACCCUCAUCCAACAUUUCUGCUUAUUAGCCAGCUCUGCACCCCAAUUUAACAACUAUUAAAGGACCAAAGGAGCGUCUGUAGGAUGCUUAUGAAAUGCCACCAUGCAAGCUCCACCUGUCAUGUAGCUUCAACCACACCAGCAUGAUGUGUUGUACGAACCCUCAAACGGAGAGGAAUGGACCUGCUGCGUCUGACGAGGACUCUGAAAGUGGGAAUACAUCAUCACCUCAUCCUGUAAACAUGCUCACAGCUUGGACCCCCUAACAAUGCUUCAGCCGGUCAGUCUUGUGUCUCCCUUGUGGCGUUACUAAUCCUUGCAGCUCUCUGAACGAGUUUGAACAAAGAGUGUGUAUUUUUAAAACGUGCUUUCAUUUUUAUCACGUGUGUAAAAGACAGGAUUAGAAAGUGCAGCUUAAAUAACUGACUGUUUUAAUUUAUCUCAUCCGAAACAAAGAUGCAAGUAAGAGCUACUUUUUCCAGGCUUUUGCACUGUUUUCUUCCACUUUUCAUCACAAUAGCUAAGUACUGAAAUAUUGCUUCAAACCAACCCCAUUUUUUGAAGGAACAUUUUUUUUAGUGCACUUUACAAAACCUAAAGGUAGAUUUUUACUUAAAAUAAUAUUUUUAUGCAAUAAUCUUAGACCCUCUUUCAAGAAUUUCUUGUAAUUAUGAAUUUAAUAAUAUAUAAUUAUUUAUGAUCAGGAUAUCACUUUCGUUCUCAAAACUGUCAUCAUAGCAGUGAAGCUUUAGGAGCUACAGGAAAAAGACCAAACCUUAAUAAAACAUGGCCCAAACCUAGGACCAGAUGAUGAAGGAAUACCGAAACUCUGAAGUGACAUCCUUUUCUCAUCUCCUUUAGCAUCACCGCUGAUGUGAAGAGAGUAAAUGAAGAGCUCAGAAAGGAAAGCUCCCUCAUCUGUAAGAUUUCAUCACUGCCAAUGCCCUUGUCUCAGUAGACAAACCUGCUGUAAAGACAACAGUCGUCUUCAUUUACAGGCCUCACUUCACCACCGUUAAUGUCUCACACUUCAAAAGACAGUGACUGAAAAAAGUUCACACCUUCGUCGAAGUUUCAGCCCCUGUCGUGGGCUUUAGAGGCCAGAGGAUCUUUCAUCUUUUAGCACUAACCAACCUUCUCUGUUAAACACUGUUUCUGUACCGAUGGUAUUUAUAAAAUAUGAUGACAUAUUGUGUACAUAACUAUUAAUAAUGUGUUCCCUGCCAGUGUGGAAUGAUCGCUCUGUUUUCCAUCCUACUGUACCUCCAGGCUUUAACAAAAUGUAUCUGUGUGCAUGACCUCCUCACUAAGGAGGUGGUCACGCAGAGAUAUGCAAAUAAUGCAACAUGGACCGAAAACCAAAAAAAAAGGUGAUCAGCGAGCAGUCGGAGGAUCUGAUCCAGCAUGAGGUCAACUCCCACUGUCGAACCUGACAAUAAAUAAUAAUUGCUGUUGUGUGCGA